GAUUAAUAGAAAUAUGCAUUUCCAUAAUAUCACCUUUGAACUAAUGAAGUGGAAGUACAGAUGAAAACAGUCUGGAGGAAGCUUGAAGUACAAUACAGUUUCAUUCAGUUUCCUAAUUCCGAGGUAAGGAAACGAAGUUGGAAAAGUUACAAAAGCAUCUUUGCAGUCAAGCACCAAAUCUUGUAUUAGGCUUCACCGAACAGACUAAGCUUAACAGUUGUCAAGCAGAAGGGCGAGUUGCCUUGAACAGGAAGUAUUAAAAGUGAACAAUGACUCGAUUGAGAGUUUAUGAGCGAUUGCUUGGAGCCUACCUGCUUAUAAUUCUCCAUGUUCAAGGGCAAAAUCUAAACAGCAUGCCUCAUGGCACAGGAAUGAAGACAAAUCCUGACCAAAAGAAACAAGCAAAUGGAGUAACACUCGCUCCAGAAGACACCUUACCUUUUCUUAAGUGCUACUGCUCAGGACAUUGUCCAGAUGAUGCUAUUAAUAACACAUGCAUAACUAAUGGGCAUUGCUUUGCUAUCAUUGAGGAAGAUGAACAUGGAGAACCCACGCUUGCUUCUGGCUGCAUGAAGUAUGAAGGUUCAGACUUCCAGUGCAAGGACUCACCUAAAGCACAGUUACGUCGAACAAUUGAGUGCUGUCGGACUGAUUUCUGCAAUCAGGAUUUACAACCAACAUUACCACCACUUGAUAGUACAGAUGGACUCUUUGAUGGCAGCAUUCGUUGGAUGGCAGUGUUGAUUUCUAUGGCAGUCUGCAUAAUUGUCAUGAUCAUCUUAUUUAGCUGCUUUUGUUACAAGCAUUACUGUAAGUCGAUGGCAAAGAGGCACUGUUAUAAUCGUGACCUGGAACAAGAUGAAGCAUUUAUUCCAGCUGGGGAGUCAUUAAAAGACCUUAUUGACCAGUCACAGAGUUCUGGGAGUGGAUCAGGACUGCCCUUGUUGGUUCAGCGUACUAUUGCCAAACAAAUUCAGAUGGUGAGGCAAGUUGGGAAAGGACGAUAUGGUGAAGUGUGGAUGGGCAAAUGGAGGGGUGAAAAAGUUGCAGUGAAAGUGUUUUUCACCACAGAAGAAGCCAGUUGGUUCCGAGAAACAGAGAUUUACCAAACUGUUUUAAUGCGUCAUGAAAACAUUCUUGGUUUCAUAGCUGCAGAUAUUAAAGGCACUGGCUCCUGGACACAGCUUUACUUGAUCACAGAUUAUCAUGAAAAUGGAUCAUUGUAUGAUUUUCUGAAAUGCACUACGCUAGACAACAGGGCUCUCCUCAAACUGGCAUAUUCUGCUGCCUGUGGUCUGUGCCAUCUGCACACGGAAAUUUAUGGGACACAAGGCAAGCCUGCUAUUGCACACAGGGACCUGAAGAGUAAAAACAUCUUGAUAAAGAAAAAUGGAACCUGCUGCAUUGCUGACUUGGGUCUUGCAGUCAAGUUUAACAGUGACACAAAUGAAGUUGAUGUUCCCUUGAAUACUAGAGUGGGAACAAAACGUUACAUGGCUCCAGAGGUCCUAGAUGAAAGCCUGAAUAAAAACCAUUUCCAACCGUACAUCAUGGCUGACAUCUAUAGUUUUGGGCUGAUCAUUUGGGAAAUGGCUCGGCGCUGCGUCACAGGAGGUAUUGUUGAAGAGUAUCAGUUGCCAUAUUAUGACAUGGUGCCAAAUGAUCCAUCCUAUGAGGACAUGAGAGAAGUGGUGUGUGUCAAACGCCUACGCCCAGUAGUAUCGAAUAGAUGGAAUAGUGAUGAAUGUUUAAGAGCAAUAUUGAAAUUAAUGUCCGAAUGCUGGGCUCAUAAUCCUGCCUCAAGGCUCACUGCCUUGAGGAUCAAGAAGACACUUGCCAAGAUGGUGGAAUCACAAGAUGUAAAGAUUUGACAUAGUAAAUUGACAUUGGAGAGCAAAGCUGGACUCCUAGAUCUUUUCACUCAAACGUGGGUGACACCUAUGUGGAAAGAGGAAAUAACUGAGAUUCAGUGUAUUUUCUCAGCACACUUCUACAGGCUGCUAAUCAAAUCUUUCAGUACUUCAUAGACUGUGAUACUGAGAGCCUCUAUAUACUACAUGCUACGUAUAUGGACAGCCUUGAUAAAAUACACGUUUUGUUUUUGUUUGAGCUGCAUUGAGACUUCAGUCAUACUUAGUGAGUCUC